CGUCAUACAACAGGAAGCACAAACCACUGUCGUGCUUUACGGCAGCCGUCCACUUCCUUUCGCUCCGGCGCCGUGUCGGAGUUUUACACAGUCUUGGACCGAUCAAAGGAGAAUUGAUCGAGGCGGCGACACGUCGUCAACGACUGACUGCAGGACAUGGCAAAGUUUAAUGCCCCUGUGAUUCAGGACAAUCCAUCAGGAUGGGGUCCAUGUGCAGUCCCGGAGAAGUUCAAGGACAUGCCAUACCAGCCUUUCAGCAAAGGGGACCGUCUCGGAAAGGUUGCUGACUGGACUGGUGCAACCUAUCAAGACAAGAGAUACACCAACAAGUACUCCUCACAGUUUGGAGGAGGCAGUCAGUAUGCCUACUUUCAUGAGGAGGACGAGACAAGCUUCCAGUUGGUGGACACAGCCAAGACCCAGAAGACGGCCUACCAGAGGAACCGCAUGAGGUUUGCUCAGAGGAACCUGCGCAGGGACAAGGACCGCAGAAACCUGACCCAAUUUAACAUGCAGACGCUCCCGAAGAGCGCCAAGCAAAAAGAGAGGGAUCGUCUGCGACUGCAGAAAAAGUUCCAGAAGCAGUUUGGGGUUCGUCAGAAAUGGGACCAAAAAUCUCAGGCUCAGCUGAAGCCCAGAGAUUCUUCUGUGGAGGUUAGAAGCGAUUGGGAAGUGAAGGAGGAGAUGGACUUUCCCAGACUAAUGAAAAUGAGAUACAUGGAGGUGGCUGACCCCGUUGACAUCGAAUGCUGUGGAGGCUUGGAGUAUUACGAUAAGGCUUUUGACCGCAUCACCACCCGUAAUGAAAGACCUUUGAAAAGCAUCAAGAGAAUCUUCCACACCGUUACCACCACUGAUGAUCCCGUCAUCCGCAAGUUGGCUAAGACUCAGGGUAAUGUGUUUGCCACCGACGCCAUCUUGGCCACCCUGAUGUGCUGCACACGUUCCGUUAACUCCUGGGACAUUGUUGUGCAAAGGGUUGGCAACAAGCUGUUCUUCGAUAAAAGAGACAACUCUGAUUUUGAUCUGCUUACUGUGAGCGAGACGGCCAAUGAGCCACCACAGGAUGAGGGGAACUCCUUUAACUCCCCUCGUAACCUGGCCAUGGAGGCCACAUACAUCAACCACAACUUCAGCCAGCAGUGUUUGCGAAUGGGGCAGGAAAAGUUUAAGUUCCUUAACCCCAACCCAUUUGUGGAGGAGGACAUUGACAAGAAUGAGGUUGCAUCUGUGGCCUACAGGUACCGUCAUUGGAAGCUUGGGGAAGACAUCGAUCUUAUUGUUCGCUGUGAGCAUGACGGUGUGAUGACUGGUGCAAAUGGAGAAGUGUCCUUCAUCAACGUCAAGACUCUAAAUGAAUGGGACUCCAGGUAUUGCAAUGGUGUGGACUGGCGUCAAAAGCUGGACUCGCAGAGAGGAGCUGUCCUGGCUACUGAGCUGAAAAAUAAUAGCUACAAACUGGCUCGGUGGACGUGCUGUGCCAUGUUGGCAGGGUCAGAGUACCUGAAACUGGGGUACGUGUCUAGAUACCACGUAAAGGACUCGGCUCGCCACGUCGUCCUUGGAACUCAGCAGUUCAAACCCAACGAGUUUGCCAGCCAGAUUAACCUGAGCAUGGAAAACGCCUGGGGAAUCCUGCGCUGCGUCAUUGACAUCUGCCGCAAGUUGGAUGAGGGCAAGUACCUGAUUCUCAAGGAUCCCAACAAGCAAGUGAUCCGUGUGUACAGCCUGCCUGAUGGAACCUUCAGCUCAGACGAGGAGGAGGAGGAAGAGGAGGAUGAAGAGGAAGAGGAGGAAGAAGAUGAAGAUAACUGAGGUCCAACAUCGGCUCCAGUUACCAAAGUUACCUGGGACAGAAACAGCUUUGAAUACAAUAAAGGCAACACAUUGGCAACACAUUGGUGUUUUAUGGUUCUGCUUUAUUACACGGAAUCAAAUAUUAACAAUAAAUCUUUGGAAUUUUACAACAGGUAAAAAAAA